AUGCCGGAACUGGCUUCAGAUUUAUCUACCACUUCCUUGUCACAGACCAACUCAACUUGGAACACAUUAUACUCAUACGACGAUGGAUUGAUAUAUUUACAUUUGCGAAAUAAUGAUCUAUUGAAAUUUUCGUUUCACUUGGAUGGGUCAUUGAACAGUACAGAGAAUCUCGAGAACUUGCAAGAGGUGACACCAUUGACAUCGCCGCCUCCAAACACAAAGUUGUUUUUAUUAAAUAAUAACUUAUAUGGACUCACCAGCAAAAACCUGUCACAGAGUCUGAGUCUGAGUCUGAGUCUGAGUCUGGAUAUACACGAGAAUGAGGAUAAGGAUAUUUGUGGAGAUGGGCAGUUGGACCUUGUCAAAUACGAAAAUGAUGAGUGGACUAACGAAUGGUCAUCUAUGAACUAUACAAAUAUUGAUGACUCGUCUUUUUAUCAAGAUUCAACCAUCUUAACUGACUAUACUGCGAAAGACACAGUAUUCAUAUAUGGAGGUCUCUGUUCAUCAACCGGACUGAUAUCGAACCGACUAAUUUCGCUAAAUAUCACCAAUGGCUCGUUCUAUAAUGUCACCACAUCGACAAAGCCACAAGCCUUUUAUGGAGCCUCCAAUCUUGCAGCACCAAAUGUACAGAACCAAUUAAUAUUUGGAGGAAAUCUGAAUAAAGGCUGGCUCGAUAUGAACCAAUUGGCAACAUGGAAUUUUGCUUCUGGGUGGUCAUUUAAACUAAUUACAAAGCUGGCGCUGUCCAGUAAAGAACUGACGAUUAAUUCAAGAAUCAACGCUUUAACAUUGCCACUUUUUAAGCCCCUACUGACAGGAUUAUCUAUAACGAGCGACUUCACUAUAGAUGAGGUAUUGAUGAUUGGGGGGACGAUGAACGAGAAGGCGAGUACACCAACGUAUGCAAAACUAAAUAUGGUGACAAAUGAUGUAUAUUGGAAUACAACUGGUAUGGACAACGAAAACACAUUAAAUUUAAGCCAGGUGCUAGGAGCAGCAACUGUGUUUUCGACAUUAAUUGUUAUAAAUUCAACAUCGAUUGCUUUAGGAGAAAGUGAUAUAAAGUCAAGAAGAGAUAGUGAUUCUCUGCAGCAAUACCAGAUCAAUUUGUAUGAUGUCGAUACUUUGAAAAGUGUAGACAAUUUAAAGGACCAUAUUGAAAGUUUAUUCUCAAGCAAGUCUAGUUAUUCGACUUCAAAAAGGAAUGCCAUAAUAUUAGGCACAAUUCUACCCAUAUCCAGUAUCAUUAUUAUUGCCGUUGUAGUAUAUUACUUUUAUAUGAAAAAAAGAAGAAAAGGAGGAAACAGAUACGAAAAGGAUGAGCUAGCUUCACAGUACUACGAUAACAAUAACGAACUUGAUUACAGCUUUGAUUAUCUUCCACACCAACCACCAAUGUCCCACAUUCAACCACCUUACAUCAAUAAUGACCACAGUGAUUCUGCUUCAACACUUAGUGGAGCGACCUCGAUUACUUCAUGGAUGAGGAAAAGGCAGGAUUUUGAAAAACAAAGAAUACGAGCCAGUUUUCUUGCAUCUAAUGACACGCUAAACAUUGUAGAUGACGAGUCAGGGGAGACUACAUUUGAAAGAAUGACAAUGGAUGGAGACUAUGACCGAUACGAUAUUACGCAGAAAGAAAAACAUCAAAGAGGGGCACAAAGAGCAGCAGGCGAUUCUUCUAAUGAUCCUGCUGUUGCUGCUGCUGCUACUGCUGCUGAAAAAGAAGAAGAAGAAGAAGAUGAUGAGCAAAAUGAGGAGCAAUACGGUGAAGACAAUGAAGAUGCAACAGAAGAAGAUUUGGGAUACCAUUCGAGAUUUAGCCCGUCUCGUAAUGCUUACUCGGAGAGUCCCUUGUUGCACAAAUCAAUAAGAAAUUUGAGGAAGAAAUAUAGCUUUACGAAAACACCACCGACAAGUCCAUGUUCAGAAGCAAGACCUAAACAUCCUGUGAAAUACAGGUCAUUGAGAACUACUAAACUGGAACACUUGUUUCCAAAUGAUGCAAUUGACGGUCCCCAAGUGUCUAAUAAGGUUACGCGACCUGGAACACUUCAUGAAUGUGGAUCUGACGUCACUUCUUUGGAUGAUAAAUUUGAUGUUCAAGUUUUGGUAAGUAGCAAAAGAAGGUCAAUAUUGAGGAUAGUCAACCCAGAUGAUAAUGACGAAGAUAAGGAGGUGGAAGAAGAACAAGAAGAAGAAGAGAAGGAAAAAGAAAUAUACAAUGAGGAUUAUAGCAACAAAUACGACUGUGAUUACCCAGAUAAACAAAAAGAGGAAACUGGAGAUGGCAAAGCUCCAACACAUAUGGAACUAGCUGAUUUAUGCGAUGUAAUGUUCAACAACGACCUGGGGAGUGGUGCAAGAGAUUCUCCAAGGCACCAACAGUUGCGACAACGAAUUCCAUCCGGCGAAAAAGAUAAAGACGAUGAAGAAGAUGAUUGA